AUGCAUUCUCGCCUUACUAGCCUCCUUGUCCUCACUACCGCGCUGCCGGCGGCGCGAGCCGUGCUGGUGACCGAAAAUUCGCCAUGUCAGAUCAAGUGCGGCAACGUGCUCGAAUCCACGUCGCAGUCUGAUAUAGCAUGCGGCGACAACGGUUUCGGCGCUGGCGACAGCCAAAUCUUCAAGGGAUGCGUCCAGUGCGAAAUCAACAGCCAUUUCGUCGGUCCCAAAAACGAGACUGAUGUCACUGCGGCGCUGUACAAUAUGCGAUACACACUUUCAUCAUGCCUUUUUGGUAUUCCUGGGAAAGAUCAUAUGCUCAAUAGUAAUCCUUGUGUUACAAGCAAGGCUUGCGCGAACUUCAUGAACGCGACUAUCUUCGACAAAGUGUCCGCCAAAGAUCGUGGCUACGAAUACUGUGACUUGUGGCCUUCUGACAACGACAUUGAUUUCAAGGGUUGCCGGGACUGCCUAGCGGCAGAUCAUCAUGUCUUGGCCAAUUUUGUGUCGAUGCUUCAUGCCGGCUGCCUUCAAAAGCCAGAGCAGGGAGUUUCGGUUGGUGUUAAUGGCGAUCCCUUUUCCGCAACCACUCUCACCAUUACUUCUCCAACACCUAUAGCAACCGUUGACCCCGCUUGGUUUGAUAACGGUCCCCUCAACCUGAAUGCCAAGGUGGGCAUUGCUGUGGGCGGAUUUGUGCUCCUCCUAAUCCUUGCGGGCAUUUUUAUCGUCUGGAAUGGAAAGAGAAGACGCAGGGCCUAUCUUCGCAAGCUAGAGGCAAUCUAUACGACAAACAAAGGCUGGCCAGCACCCCAAAGUCCCACUGGCGGCAUGCUCGAGACACCCGUGAGCCAGCGGCCUCUGAACAGUGGCUGGGGCGACUCGCCUAUGACUGAUCAGCCUGAUAAGCCGUUCCCGCGCUACGUCUCACCGUACUCGUCCCAGUACAAUAGCCCGAUAAGUGCUACCGACAUGACCUCGAUGCCCUGGCCUAGCGCUGCGCUGCCGCGGGACCAUCAAAUUGGCGUGGCUCAUGGGGGUGACAGUAGCGGGAACUCCUGGGAUGAAGAUAAGGGCAAAGGCGCAGCUGAGUCCUAUGAGCUGUACGACGUUACUGGCAGUGGCAGUGGCAGCGACGGAUCCAAGGCUCAUCAUUUUACGCAUGAUGCUCCUGUGCUGAGCCACCCAGGGCAUGGCCGGAACUCUGCCAGCCCUACGCAACGCUCUUUGAACGAGCAAGAUUUCAGAAACGGGAAUGCUAUAUGA